CAAAUAUAACACUUCUGCCACUGUAUCUUAGAGUGUGAAAGAAGACGUGCUUAACUCUAAUUUGUCUCCUGAACAAGAAAAAUGGGCUGUGAUCUGAAGUAUGGGCUCAUCGCUGGGGUAGUCCUUGGUGCAUUUCUGGCUGUUGUUGGAGUUAUCAUAAUCCCAGUUGGAAACAUGUUUAUGGACGAUACAAUUAAAAAGGAACUUGUCCUUGAAGAAGGUACAGCUGCUUUUCAUAGCUUGUUUAGAACACACGUGAAAAUACAUAGACAGUUUUGGAUCUUUGAUGUGCAAAACCCAGAGGAAGUGACAGUGAAUGGUGGCAACAUUAAAGUUAAGCAAAGAGGUCCCUACACCUACAGAGUUCGUUAUUUAGCAAAAGAAAACAUAACCCAGGACACUGAGAACCACACAAUCUCUUUCAUACAGCCCAAUGGUGCCAUCUUUGAACCUUCACUAUCAGUUGGAUCUGAGAAUGACACAUUCACAGUUCUCAAUCUGGCUGUAGCUGCUGCAGCCCAUAUCUACCAGAAUUCAUUUUUUCCAAUGGUACUCAAUACACUUAACAAUCAGUCAAAAUCUUCUAUGUUCCAAAGAAGAACUUUGAAAGAUCUGUUGUGGGGCUAUAUGGAUCCAUUUUUGAGUUUGGUUCCAUACCCUGUUCCUACCACAGUUGGUGUGUUUUAUCCUUACAACAACACUGCAGAUGGAGUUUAUAAAAUUUUCAGUGGAAAGGAUGACAUAAGCAAAGUCGCCAUAAUUGAGACUUACAAAGGUAAAAAGAAUCUCUCCUACUGGGCAAGUUAUUGUGACAUGAUUAAUGGUACAGAUGGAACCUCAUUUCCACCUUUUCUUGAGAAGACCAGGGUAUUGUACAUCUUUUCCGCUGAUAUUUGCAGGUCAAUCUAUGUUGUAUUUGAAGCCGACGUUAAUCUGAAAGGAAUCCCUGUGUAUAGAUUUGUUCUUCCAGCCAAGGCCUUUGCAUCCCCUCUUCAAAAUCCAGACAACCAUUGUUUCUGCACAGAAAAAAUUAUCUCUAAAAACUGUACAUCGUAUGGUGUGCUAGACCUCAGCAAAUGCAAAGAAGGAAAACCCGUGUACAUUUCACUCCCUCAUUUUCUACACGCGAGUCCUGAUGUUUCAGAACCGAUUGAAGGCUUAAACCCAAAUGAGGAAGAACAUGGGACAUACUUGGAUGUUGAACCGAUAACUGGAUUCACUUUACGAUUUGCUAAACGGCUACAGGUCAACAUGUUGGUCAAGCCAGAAGAAAGAAUUCAAGCACUAAAGCAUCUGAAGAAGAAAUAUAUUGUGCCUAUUCUCUGGUUUAAUGAGACUGGUACCAUUAGUGAUAGGGCGGCAAGACUGUUCAAAGAUCAAGUGACUGACAGAAAGAACUUCUUUCGCCAUUUAGGAAUCAUCUUACUCAUUGUUGGUGUGGUGAUGUUUGCUGUUUUUAUGAUUUCAUAUUUUCUAUACACAUUAACUAUGUAA